AUAUCAUGGACUAUUAGGUUCAAAGGCAAAAUCGUACUCGAAUACUACAUCAUCAUAACACACCCAAACAAUUUACGAAGACAAAUCCCAAGAUGUCGAAAGCCUUUCUUCUAGCUAAGGAGAAGUACCAGGCUGUUAUCGACGACGCGGGGAGGGGCGACUUCGUGUGCCGAACCAACCGUAUCGGCACCACUCGGCACCCUUCGAACGGAGACUGCCAUGCCAUCAAUAGGGUCGAUCAUCCUCAGCAGCGUCGCCGGAGUAGCACGACGAUGAGGGAGAAGAUCAGGGAUAUGAUGAACAGGCCGGCUUAUUAAGCCGUAUAAAACACAUUGCCGCAAGGAUAAUCGGUUGCUGUUCAGUUGAAGGUAUCAUGACUUAUGUGUACCAAAUUGCCACAAAUGAGAACAAAUUCAAUGUUUUGACAACUAACUCGAGCUUCCUCUCCCCUCAUUGAGGUUCCCCUUUGACCUUAGUAAUAUCCUAGAUGUCUCUCAAGUCUUCG